AUGGCUAGAAUCUCUACAAGCUCCAAUAGACCGUUACCCUCGUCCAACGCAUUGAGACGACAGCGAGAACGAGAAAGACAAGAACAGCAAAGAGGAAGACAACCACAACGUUCUGCUGCUCCUGGGUCGCGGCCGCAAUCUGGAGCCAGUAGACAGCAACAGACGGGAAUCUACAGAAAUCAGCCGGGGGAUCCUACAGUGCAAGCUACUGUGAAAAGAAGAUAUAGACCAGGAACCGUUGCUCUUCGAGAAAUCAGACAGUACCAGAAAAACACUGACCUCUUGAUUCGUAAAUUGCCAUUUGCCAGACUUGUCAAAGAAGUGGCCGAAGACUAUAUCGGAGCUGACUACGGGAUCAGAUGGCAGUCCAAUGCCGUGCUAGCCUUGCAAGAAGCCUGCGAAGCCUACUUGGUGCAUUUGCUAGAAGACACCAACUUGUGUGCCAUACAUGCCAAACGGGUGACAAUCAUGCAGAAGGACAUCCAGUUGGCGAGAAGAAUUCGUGGCUACUUGUGA